AUGGCCUCAACGAAUACGAUGAGGAACCAGCAGUUGGCCAUGAAUCUCAAUAGAAGAGUCAUGUACAACUCCAAAUCGGCCGAUUUAUUAAAGAAACUCACUAUCAUCAGCUUGCGCAUUGCUGUCAUAUCUCUACUACUUUACAACUGCUAUAAUGUCUUGGUCACCUUGAAUCUACUUGGUCAUAUUGGAAUUCCAGGCAAUUCCUUACCAUGGAUCUACCAAGUAAUUCCCGACCGAUUCUUUAUCUAUGAUCCGGAAUUCUUCUGCAACAACAAGUAUAUGAAAACGCCAAGUACUCAGGUUCUAAUCGGACCAACAAGUGAUAUGUACUGGCCCAUCUUCUUAACAUUCUGUCUACUGCUGUUCACAGAAACUUUCAUUUCUCUGGUUCAAGGGAAGAAACCAUACACAGAAGGUGGACUCACCAUCUUCGAACACCUGCUUGCUUUCCAAGAGUUUAGCUCUAGAGGUGCAUUCUUCUUUGGAAGCUCCAAGUAUCAUGUAAGACCAACAGAACAACUUCUCCUUUCAAGUCUUUUCCUGAUAUUGAACCACUUGAACAUCCACAUAGGCGGUUUGAUCAACAACAAUAAGUAUAGAUUGAUACCACUGUCUAUUCUUGGUAUCAGUUUCUUGGGCUACUUUAUCUCGGCAUUAGUGAAUUGGAAGAUUAUGGAUUUUCCUGCUAUCUUGAUAAUGACUUUCAUUCCCCAGGUAUUGGUAUUGUCAAUCAUUCUCAUCAGUGCUGUAAUAUUUGUGACAGCUAUUGUAGCAAAUGGAUUUAGGUUGCAAGAUUUGAACUAUGCAAGCCUUUUCUUAUACGAAUCCAGAGAGGACUCUGAUAUUUCUUUCCAGAGCUUGACAUUCAGUUUGAGUGAUGACUUUUACACGGCAUUACUAAAUGUUGGGGGUCUUGCAGUCACACUGGCCGGAAAGUCCAGCUAUAUCACUGAACUUAGUCUCGUUGCAGUGGAUAAUGAAACCUGGAUAGAGAGAAACUUAUGGGAGAAGAUCAUGCUUGUUGCAAAAGCUAUUAACAAGAAUCCUAAGACAGUUAAUUCGAAUGAUGUUGUCUCAUAUCUCAAAGAAAAUGGCCUUAGCGGUUAUGGUAAUUUGAUUGAUAAGCCUUCACAGAGGUUGAUAGCAGCGGUUGCUGACGAGGAUUUUCAGAAUGAUUUGAACCUGAACAAAAUGAGUGUCUUCAGAAGAAGAUAUUCAUCUACGAAAGAAAUUAUUGUAAAUUUUUCCGACCUUUUCUACUCGUUAUUCACGGACAAGAUUUUCUUCUCCUUUAUCCCAAACUUAUUCAGGCAAUAUACUUUAGGUGAAAAGUUAGCAGUAGUACAACCUCCAGAAUUUGAGACCGCUAUAGAGUUUGGUGAAAGAAAGAGAAGCUUACCAUUAUUCUUGAGAAAGUUUGCUAAGAGGAGAACAGCUAGCCAUGAGAACGAUAUGUCUGUUGAACUCGAUAUUAAUAUUUUAUCAGAUAAAACCAUAGACGAGAACUACCUUCAAUUAUUAGGUGGUGAUCCAUUGCCAGAAACUGAUUAUUCAGGUGAUUUCAAUCUAAAUGACUACAGCAAUCUGGAUUACGAGUCCGAGGCGGAAAGCAUAGAAGUAACAUCAAAUGCAAAUCCUGGAAGUGGUAGGUCACCAAUGCCAGUCCUUGAAACAAAGGAAGAUGACCCAAUCAACGAGUUGAUAUCGGGCGAAGAGUUCAAAGAACUUAUCACUUCUCCUAAUUUCACUAUCUUACACCAUCAUUUGAACAGCGAAAGUACUGGGGUCAUGACCAGAUCAAGAUAUCAUCGAUUGGUCAAACUGAGUUUGACUAGUGGAGUUGCACCAGAAGAGCAAACCAAUGAAGAUGAUGGACUUAAACUUCUUGAAAUAAUAAUUAACAAGAGAACCAGCAAACCACAAGAAAACACAGCAGACCACGACGAGUCUUUUAGUGACAGAUUUGAAUGUGUUAUCUGUCAGACCAAUCCAAGAGAGAUUAUUGUUUGGCCAUGCAAAUGUUUUGCAAUUUGUGAGUCUUGUCGUUUAACAUUAGUAUCUAAGGGCAUUGAAGGUUGCGUCUGCUGUCGUCGGGAAGUGGAGGGCGUAUCCAAAGUGUUCAUACCAUAA